GAGAAGGACACGAGUGCCCCUCGGUUCCAUAGAUAUGGAUGAUCCCAUGCACCCGAUUGCGGGAAUCUAUUGGGAAGUCGUUUCUGUCUGCUUCCCCUUCAUUCUCUUUAGUUUUUUAAAUGCAAAGACUGAGUUUAGUUUGUACUCCAAUCCUAUUUACCUGUCUCUCCUCUCUCCCUUCCACUCCUUACCAUAAACAUGUUUUCCCAUUCCUUCCUCUCCCUCCCCUCCUCCUCUCCUUCUUCUAUAAUUUCCUUCUCCAAUAAUCAAUAUCAGCCUCCCUUGCCCUUUGCAGGCAUUUGGCCGUUAUGGGGUAAAGACAAAGGCCACAACGUUGAUAUUCGGCCCUUAUGCAGAGCUAUAUCCAAACCCCGCACUCAAGAAUAUGCUGGCGUGUUUCAAAAUGGUCUGCCAGUUAUAAAGUGGAAGGAGAUUGUGGAUGAUGACAUAGAAGAAGAGGAAGCUCUUAAGGUUUAUGAGUCGAAUAAGGUAAAGGAACGUGUGGACACCAUUAAGUCGAUGCUGGGUUCCAUGGAGGAUGGAGAGAUAAGUAGCUCAGCUUAUGACACAGCCUGGGUUGCUCUGGUUGAAGACGUUAGCGGUCGUGGUGCUCCUCAGUUCCCAUCCAGCCUCGAAUGGAUCGCUAACAAUCAGCUCCCCGAUGGAUCCUGGGGCGAUAGACAAAUAUUCAUGGCACAUGAUCGUCUGAUCAACACUUUAGCUUGUGUUAUUGCCUUGAAAACAUGGGGUAUUCAUCCUGACAAAUGCCAGAAAGGGGUGUCAUUUUUCAAAGAUAAUAUAAGCAAACUCGAAAACGAGAGUGAGGAGCACAUGCCAAUCGGGUUUGAAGUGGCUUUUCCUUCGCUUCUGGAGAUAGCUCGAAGUUUAGACAUUGAAGUACCGUAUGACUCCCCUGUCUUUAUAGACAUCUAUGCAAAGAGAGAUCUAAAGCUCACAAGGAUACCAAAGGAGAUAAUGCAUAAUGUACCCACAACACUACUCCAUAGCCUUGAAGGGAUGCCAGACUUGGACUGGGAAAAGCUUUUGAAGUUGCAGUGCAUAGAUGGGUCUUUCUUGUUCUCGCCAUCCUCCACUGCCUUCGCACUCAUGCAAACUAAAGAUGAGAACUGCCUCAGAUAUUUAAUGAAAACUGUUCAAAGAUUCAACGGGGGAGUCCCCAAUGUGUACCCGGUUGACCUGUUCGAACAUAUUUGGACUGUCGACCGCUUGCAACGCCUUGGGAUUUCAAGAUAUUUCCACCCAGAAAUUAAAGAAUGCCUAGAUUACGUUUAUAGAUACUGGACUGAAGAUGGAAUUUCCUGGGCAAGAAACACUCGGGUUUAUGACAUUGACGACACGGCCAUGGGGUUUAGGUUACUAAGGUUACAUGGGUACGAGGUUUCUGCAGAUGUGUUCCGACAUUUUGAGAAAGGCGGGGAGUUCUUCUGCUUUGUGGGGCAGUCCAACCAAGCCAUAACCGGGAUUUUCAACCUGUAUAGGGCUUCCCAGGUGCUGUUCCCUGGAGAAAAGAUUCUUGAGGAUGCCAAGCGCUUUUCAUCCACAUUUUUAACACAAAAACAAGCGGCUGAUGAAUUAUUAGAUAAAUGGAUCAUUACCAAAGACUUACCUGGUGAGGUUGGGUUGGCAUUGAAGCUUCCAUGGUAUGCAAGCCUGCCUAGAGUUGAAACAAGGUUUUACAUAGAACAAUAUGGAGGAGAAGAUGAUGUGUGGAUUGGAAAAACUCUUUACAGGAUGCGGUAUGUGAACAAUAAUGUGUUCCUUGAUCUUGCAAAACAAGACUACAAUAAUUGCCAAGCUUUACAUAGGAUGGAAUGGGAUAGUAUGCAAAAGUGGUACUCGGAAAUGGGUCUGGCUGAUUUUGGGGUGACCCGUAGAUCUCUUCUCUUAACUUAUUUUAUGGCGGCAGCCAGCAUAUUCGAGCCAGAAAAGUCGCAAGAGCGGCUGGCUUGGGCUAAGACCGCUUUCUUGGUCGACACCAUCUCCUCUUCUUUUGACAAUGCAAGGAAACCUAAGGACCUUAGGAAUUCUUUCCUCCUAGUCUUCAGAACUGUGGUUGAUGCACGAUUUGGCCACAUUAAUGCAAGUAAGUUGGACUCAAACAGGACAAUUCAGAAGAUGAUAGACAUCUUGCUUCGGACCCUGAACCACCUAUCAUUGGACGCACUUGUGGCUCAUGGUCGAGACAUUAGCUGCAGCAUUCGCCGUGCUUGGGAAAAGUGGAUGCUGAUGUGGGUGGAGGAUGGUGAUAGGCACCGAGGACUCGCAGAGUUAGUGGUGCAGACCAUCAACCUCAGCUCUGGCCGUUGGUCCUUGGACGAAGUGUUGUCUCAUCCCCAAUACGAUCCACUCUCCAGCCUCACAAAUUCAGUUUGCCAUCAGCUUUAUCAUCGCCAAAUGCUAAAGGUGCACGUCAAUGGCUGCUACACUAAUGAAACAGAGAACAGCAUAACCCGGGAAAUAGAUUCCAACAUGCAAGAGCUCGUUCAGUUAGUACUGCAAAAUCCCUCCGCCGUCGAUGACCAAACCUCAGAAUUCAAGCAAACAUUUCUUACGGUGGCACGGAGUUUUUACUAUGCUGCACACUGUGACUUAGACACCAUCACAUUUCAUAUUGCUAAAGUACUCUUUGAGAAAGUACGCUGAUCUCAUCAUCAUAUCAAAUUCCCCCUUUUUUUAAGGUAGAUAUGAUGAUCACCAUUAACUCCAUUUAUGUGUAAAGCAGGCUGUAAAAAAUGUAGUAUAUAAAUAAUAUAUAUAUAUAUAUAUAUAUAUAAUAUGAUUUCAAGGGCGACAGAAAAAAAAGUAGCAAAUCUUUCUAGUUUUGAAGUAAAAUAAAUAGACAAUGAUAAAAA